AUUUCUUACUAUAGUUUAAAUAGUAAACAGCAUUGCAAUACAUUUACAUUGAAUUUAAAGCAUUUUUUUAAUUAAUUAAUUAAUUAAUUAAUUGAUUUAAUAACCACUUGAAUGGCACCGACGGUACCGCCGGCGACCAAAUGGUACGAAUGGCGUGUAUUUGACGAGUCGGCGGCCACAGCAGCGGCCGCGUCGGUGGACAACAACACGAAAAAACCGAAGAAAAAGAUUGUCCGCUACGAUCAACAACGUGUCCGCGAGUUGCGAGAGGAGGCCAAUCGGCUAUUGGUGGCCGAUUUGGACGCCUAUUAUAGCCGCCAGACUAGACGUAAGCUGCGCGGCGGUCCCGAUGGUGGCGGUGGCGACGGUGACGGCAGCGGCGGCGGUGAUGAUUGGCAAUGGAUACGGCAGGUAUUGAAAUCGGGAACACUGGCCGAUAAACUAUCGGCCCAUACACUACUACUGCAGGACUCGCCCGUCCAUAAUCUGAAAAGUCUACAGCAAAUGGUCGGAAUGGUAUCACCGAAAGCCAAACGCGAAUGUCUGCUAGCAAUGGACACACUAAGGGAUCUGUUUAUCGGCGAUCUGCUGAUACCCGACGGGAAAUUGCGUACAUUUCAGGAGUUGAUCCAGUAUUACGACGACGAUAGCAACAACAACAACAAGUCGGUCAACAACAAGCAGUCGGACAGCGAAAAAUCGGCCAAAACUAAGGAAACCAAUCGGAAAAAGUCGCGCAAACGUCAGCUAAUUAUCUGUCUGUUUGAAGAUCAACUGAAAUCCUUAUAUCGGCAGUUCAUCGACGCAGUGGUCAGCGUCGGUAAGGACACUACACUGGAGACAACCAAACACAAGUCAUUGUUGGCCGUAUUUGAUUUGCUGGUCAACAAUGGCGAACAGGAACAACUACUACUCAGCCAGUUGUGUAACCGAUUGGGUGAUCCGCUACCGAAACUGGCCGCCCAGGCCAUGCAUCUGCUGAGUCAACUAAUCAAUCGACACCAUCCGUUCAUGAAGCCGGUAGUCGUCGACGAAGUCGAACGUAUACUAUUCCGGCCAAACAUUACCCCGAAAGCCCAAUACUAUGGGCUAUGUUUUCUGACGGAAAUUAUGUUUGACCGUAACGCUGAUGCCGAUCGUCAAUUGGCCAACAAAUUAGUGCGGCUAUAUUUCGGGUUUUUCCAAUCGUGUUGCCGACGCGGUGAUAUUCAAAACAAAAUGAUGUCCGUACUGUUGACGGGUGUUAGCCGCGCGUUUCCCUACUCGAAACUACCGCCGACGGUAAUGGACGACCAUUUGCAGACAUUCUAUAAGCUGAUCCAUUACGUCGAAGUCAAUACAGCCAUUCAGGCUUUAUGCUUGAUAUUCAAUAUAUUGGAUGUCCAACAAACUGGUCACCUAACCGACCGAUUCUAUACAGUACUAUACAGGCAUCUGUUGGACGUACCGCUCGAUACCUGUUCCCGACGGGCGAUGCUUUUGAAUUUGGUUUACAAAGCCAUGAAAAAAGAUCCGAUUGUCCGACGGGUUAAGGCUUUUGUUAAACGAUUAUUACAGUUGGCAUUAACUCAUUCGUCAUCGUUGGCCACAGCGAUACUCAUACUGGUAUCGGAAGUAAUCAGAUCCAGACCGGGAUUGUUGACAGCGUCGGAAGCUUUUCUCAAUAUGGAUGACAAUCAACACCACAACAUCAACAACAACAAGACUAACAAGAAGAAUGGCGUCAAAAACAAUACUGAAGACAAUGACAAUGAAUCGGAUAAUAAUGACGACAACGACGACGAUGAUGAUGACGAUGAACACUAUGAAGACGUACUGCUCAGUGAUGAUGAUGUCGACGACGACAAUAAAGUGGUCAACAAUGAUGACGAUAGCGAUAGACACGAACAACAACAACAGCAGCCAUCAGUUUCAUGGGUACACAACAAGAACAUGGAUACCAAUCGUACAAAAUCGACACACUAUGACCUAUCGGCACGUAAUCCGCUCUACGCUUCCGCCGAGUCGACCGGACUCUGGGAGUUGAACUCCUUGUGCCGACACUAUCAUCCCAGUACCGAAUUGUUUGCCGAAAAAAUCUUGGCCAACAAACCCGUUGACUAUUCGGGUGAUCCGCUAAACGAUUUUACUGUCAAACAUUUUUUAGAUAGAUUUGUGUUUAGAAAUCCGAAAAAGAUGUCAAACAAACGGUCGUCAAAAGAGAGCCGAAUUUUCGGUCGGGUACCGAAUCGGACGACUACGAAGUCGGGACCCACUGCUGUCGGGACUGCCGCUGCAGACAAUGAUAUAACAAGUGCUGACUAUUUAAAUCAACCCGAAAGUCGUGUUUCGGUUGACGAAAGGUUUAUCUAUAACUAUCUGAGACAACGAAAAGUAUUGCGCAAAGAGAUGGGAGGCGCCGAUGAUAGCGACGCCGACAGUGUAACCAGUGUCGAGUUUGACCGACUGCUCGAUCGAUUGGAACCAAUGUCCCGACGGGAACAACGCGGCCAUGAUUUUGCCAAAGAUUUGUUGAACAAGAAAAAGGCGUCGAAGAAGAAGAAGUCGAAGUCAUCAGAUGAUGACGAAGAAGACUCGGACGAUGAUAGUAUGGAUGAGCUGAACGACGGCGGUUCAGAUUUUGGCGCCGAUGAUGACGACGACGAAGAAGUGGACUUUGAUGCCGAUAACGAUCCAGAUUUUGCCGAUGCGUUCGGCGAUAUUGACGACGAUAUGGAAGAAGCGUUAGGUGGCGUCGAUGAUGAUGAUGACGACGAUGAGGACAGGGAUGGAAAGAAGUCGUUGUUACUAAAGAAACGGCCGAAACAAGGAGUCGACAGAAUGACUAAUUCGUUGUUUGCAUCGGCCGACGAAUUUGCCGAACUAUUAGAGGACAACGAGUUGGAUAAUGACGACAGCGAUGAUAGUGGCGGCGGCGGUAAUGAUAAGGACGGGAAGGGACGGCCGGUUAAAGGCGGCGGCCGUAAGGGAGGAUCGGAUAGAAAGCAAGAGUUUAGAGCCAAACGCAAACUGAGCCGAAAAUAUCAGAGAAAUAAAAAGCGACCGAAAGUUAACGUUAAAGACUUGUUAUAAACAAAAAAAAAUUUUAUUUUAUAAUUUUAUUUUUA